AAGCCAUGCUUUAAUCAGAAGUAAGACUCAUAGAGAUGCAAGAUACAGUCCCUAGAUAUCAUGCAAUUUUAUUCAAAUCAUUUCUGACCAUUUUGAGAACUUCUUUCUGUCUCCAGCUGCUAUUUUUACCCUGUCUUCUCUUUUCUCCCCAUUUAUUUUUCCUAUUAAUUAGUUUCUAGAAAAUACUGUACUCAACCUGGUAUUCUGCAACUGACUUCAACUCCCUGCACCCAGUUUGGUUUGGCAGGUGAUGGGAAUAAUAGCUGACUGCUUGGUCUGUAUCUAAUUUAUGUUAGUAUCACAUGAAUUUGAUCAUUGGAUUGUUCUGAUAUUCUGCAGAACUUCUUCAAAAAUGGCAAAGGAGUUUUCAUUGGUUUUUCCUGAGACUGUCUCUAGCACACACGCCUUUAUGCAUCGUUAGGUGUGUGCAUUUUUAUAUGCAAUUUUUCCUUGCUGUGUACAUUAUUGUACUCAAUUUUUGAGCAAAAAAAUACGAUCUGCCCAUUUGCAGUCAUGCAGCUUUGUUUGAAUUCUGCUUCAUCGCCCUUCCAUGAUUUGCAGCUGCUUCUACGCAGGCUCAUGUGAAACAUUUGCAGGCUCAGAACAGCCUUGUGUAAGAAACAAAACUUGUUUUGAGUGGUGGCAUUUACUGUAGAACGCUCCCAUCAUUGAAAACAGCGUUCUCGAAAUGGGCUGGUUGCACCAACCUUGAAACGGACUCUUGUGAACUUGCAUCACCUGUAAGUUUUGUUGUGGGACAAAACAAAUACUCAACUCAACUGUUUGGACAUAAAGUUUCCCGUGGACUGUUUGUUCUGAGCUUGAAACUAAACAUGUUCCCUGUCUCAUGCACAACCCGCUUCUAAGAACUGCUAGGAGAAAAGAGUUGGCAGGGAGAGCAAGGAAAAUUGUUGGCAGAACUAGUGGGCACAGAUGCAAUUUUGCAGCACUGUUGCACUGACAAGAACAAAUGGUGUUGGCUUCUGCUGCCCUGAUGUCCAGUCGGUAAUAAGCAUCAUUUGGAUGUAAGAAAAGAAGAUCACCUCUUUCAAGGAUGUCAUAAAAUGAGCAUCUCUAAGAUAAUGUUUUUCAAAAUUAAGAAGAAACUAUGCUCUGAUUGGCUAUCCUCACCCCAGCUGGCUCAGUGAGCUGCAGUUUACCUGGCAGAGUGAGGAGGAACUGGCCAAGUGGACCAACAGCUCCAAUUGCAUGGAGGGCGGAUCUAUGAGAAGUAGAAGUGGCCCAGGCAGCAGGUACUUCGAAUUUUAUGAAGGCCCUUUUGAGUACAACUCUACGAAAUGCCUGAAUCUAAGGCGGGAACUAAUGGAGUUGAAGGUUCUCUCAAGAGCGAAGCAGACAGAACUGUUUGAUAGGUGGAGGAAUCUUCAGAUAUGCAAAUGGAAGAUGAAUAUCACCGAAGCCAACUUCUUCAAGUCUACUUUGUCCAGGUGCUGCAAUGCACCAGCUUUCCUCUUCACAACCCAAAAGAAUACGCCCCUGGGAACAGACCUGAAAUAUGAAGUGGAUUCCAAUAACAUCUUCCAUAUCAACCUUGAAGUAUUCAGAAUGUUUCCAAAGGAGAUGCCCUACCAUCGUUCCCAGUUUAAGAAAUGUGUGGUGGUUGGAAAUGGAGGGAUUCUGAAGAACAGUGGAUGUGGUCAGGAGAUCGACAGUGCCGAUUUUGUGUUCCGAUGCAAUUUGCCUCCCAUAUCAGAGAAAUACUUUGCAGAUGUCGGUGUAAAGACUAACAUUGUGACGAUCAACCCCAGCAUCAUUACUGAAAGGUUUCAGAAGCUGGAGAAAUGGAGGAAGCCUUUCUACGAAGUCUUGAAAAUGUAUGAAAAUGCCUCCGUGUUGCUUCCUGCCUUCUACGAUACCCACACUAUCGAUAACUCCAUCCGGGUCAGGUACGUCCUGGAUGACUUUGAAUCAAAGCAGGCUGUCUAUUUUUUCCACCCCCGGUAUCUCACUAACGUUUCACGCUACUGGCUGAAUCAAGGGGUGCGGGCAAAGCGUGUCACCACAGGACUGAUUCUUGUGACAGUUGCCUUGGAGCUGUGUGAAGAAGUGCACCUUUUUGGAUUUUGGGGUUUCCCCAUGAACCCCUCAGGGAUAUUUAUUACUCAUCAUUACUACGACAAUGUCAAACCUCGGCCCAGAUUCCAUGCGAUGCCUUCAGAGAUCUUCAACUUUCUUCACAUGCACAGCAAGGGGAUUUUAAGAGUUCACACGAAUGCCUGCAAUUUUUCCUGAUCCGAUUCAUCGGAUGGUUUUUUGAAAUGAAAGGAUCACCAAAACUUAGGCAUUUUUUGUUCUUUUGCCACAUUCUGAAGAAGAAAAAUGGUGGGGUGGGGGUGGGGGGACAAAAUGUCAAUUAGGCCAGGCAUUCAGUGUACAAGGAUUUUAAUGCUUCAAGAAAACUAUGCAAUAAUAGUUGAACUUACAUUUCCCGUAAGGUUUUGCUUUCCUUCAGAGUUGGUAUUCUGCCACCAUAUUUUGCUAACCAGCCAUGUUGGACUGCUGUCUUUUGGGGGAAGCACAUCUUAGUGUUGCAGGAAUAAGCUCCCUGUCCUGGAGCCUGUAACAGGUAAAGCACAUUGCCUACAGAUUUUACAGGAGAUACACAGCACAUCACUGUAGCAAUUCACUAUUUCAUCUCUAGGAAGGGACCAAGCCUGAGAAAUAGGAAAUCUAGGUGGGUUGCUUUGCAAAGCAGUUCUGAUCCAUGACAGGUUUCAUGAGAGAAGUACUGAAGGAGACAUUGUUUCUGUCCUCUAGUUUCCAUUCUAGUUUCCCCACAGAUAACACUGGUGUGAAGAAGAUGGCCAGUGGUGCUUGAAAGGAUACACAUCUGUCCCCCUUCCACCCACAGAUUGCCUUCUCAAACUGCUGCAUUACACUCAGCCAUGUUCAGCUUACUUCCUGUAUAACCUUGGGGUUAAUGACCAAAAAAUCCUCCUCUUCAAACCUUUGCACUCACAAGCUCCCAGGUUCGGCCUAGGGUCAGUCACUCACAGACUCACAGCCUGUUGAGGCACGUGGAUCUUGCGGCUUGAGCAGACAAGACACAUAGCCCUGGUCAACAGCCGGAAAAUAAUUAGGGACACACACCAAUAACUUUCAACCGAAUACUGAGGCACAACAGGCUCUUUGAAAUACAAAGAGACACAGUGAAUUUAAAGGAGCAGCAAAACUUUACUGGUUGCAAGAUACAUUGCUCUUUCUUACAGGCACACGCGCACACACACUCAUGCACACUUACCUCCAACUAAGCUGCCAGGCACUAGCUAGAGGGACGGAAGCCGCCAAGUCUGGGUCCAAAGACCACUCGAGUGAGCGGCUUGGGACCCCUUUUAUCCCCAGAAGUCCUUGCUUUGUUGAUUUCACAAGUUUGGUAGCUGUGGAUGGGAUUGCGUGGGGGUUUCCAUGUGCUCAGGCCCGGCUUCCUGUGUCUGGUUCAGGUGACGUUUUUCCUUUGUUUCCUUAAUGACUUGCUUCCUUCUUACCUACCUCCCUGAAGGGAUCUUUUAGACAAGUUUCCUGGCUUUUGUCCUCUCUGCGUACAUGUCUGCUCAUUUUUAGGUAAUGGCAGCUUCCACCGACAGGAAGCUCUGGCGUGGGCUGGUCCAUGAAGUCACGAAGAGUCGGAAGCAACUAAAUGAAUAAGCAACAAAAAGCUUCAGUCUAGUCUCAUAAAACCACAAAAUAUUCUACUAAUACAGAACCAGGAGGCCAGGAUAACGGUAGAUGUAGGUGAAGUUCUCUGGAGCAGAAGAAUAUGUGCAACAGGGAACUUCUAAUGUAUGUUAAGAAACUGUUGGAUGAAAAUACACUACCCUUGGAGAAGAUGAAUCAAGGCUGGCCUGAUCAGUAGGAGGGUAAUACAGCUGAGAGAACAGCUUGUGGCAGGCAUUGUCUCUGAAGCAAUUUCUAAGAGGUAAAAUGGUGUGUGUGUGUGUGUGUGUGUGUUUAUCUGGCUGGAUCAGAGCAAGUUGUGUCCAUAGUUUUGUUUCUUGAAGACCCUGCACAGUGUCCAGAGAAGACAUGAUAAUUCUGAGUGUUUUAUGCAGGGGGAAAGAGUGGUAGGCACUUCCUUCCAUACCUGGCGAGGUAAAAAAGGGCAGGCAGGGGAUUUGAAUUCACUUUGGCCUUGGGGUUGAGAGAGAAAUAGACCUGGGAUGGUGUAUAAGUCUGGACAGUGGGACCUUCCAGAGGACAGUGGGAUGUUGAAGAACUUUAGGGUAUCAUAGACCCCAGCCUACGUUAUGGUUUAGCCCAGUUUAAUCAGUCCACAGAGCCAUCACAAGAUAUGUACAAUCCAUCUUGUGAGGCAGGGGAUGACAGUCCUUUUGGUGUUGGUAUAAUCUUUAGACCUACUGUGCCCAAAAUCUGCAGUGAUGGGGCGACAUGGUCAUGAUGUCCUGCAAAGUUGGAGAGGCAAAAGUGGGAAGUGGCUGAUUUGGAAUAUUGUAUCUUUAAUUGUUUGUCUGAAAUCGGUGGGAAUUACAUGCUGAAUUUUCCAUUAUUUGCUGUUGGGCUUUGGCAGCGUACGUCUCAGGGACCUGAAGGUUCACCAACUCGCCUUGCUUCAAGUGGGACUCAUCAUUACAUGAAAAGAAAGUAUCUAUUUCAUUAUGUAAAACCAUUUCACCUAAUUAAAUGUGUGUUGUUCAGUAAUUGGACAAUGUUUCUAUCAUCUCAAAGGAAGCCACAUUUCUCCGCUGAAUACAAUUCUCAAAAAUUAAAGUAAGUAGACAGAAAUUCCUAAUUUGAAUGCCUAUUAGGUUUUUGAAACUUUGGAAAACCGUCUUCAGUGGGGAAAUGUGGCUUCCUUUGCGUGGCAUGGACAGAAUACUUGUCUGCUUCCUGAAGAAAAAUGCUCAGUGGUAGAACAAUAAAAAUAAAAUGUGUGUGUGUGUAGAUAUAUGUGUGUGUGCGUGUGUGCGUGUGCGCAUAGUUUUUAUGCAGUAAAGCUUAGAAAUUGAGCCAUGUUGGGGAUAGCAGUAGAUGUACCAUAGUAUAUAGGUUUACACAGUGCCAAAGUCCAUAAGCAAAGAUGGGAUGGGACAUCUAUAUGUGUUCUACUGAAUACUUGCAUGGAGUCAACAUAUGUACAACUGAACACAAUCCAUUUCUUGAAUGAUCAGGAACCUUACUUAAGCUGUGUGUAGCUGCUAUGCAGUUGUUAGUAACAGAACUACUGAAGCCAGCUUGCAGUAAAAUAGAAAAUGACUGCAUAGGAAAAAAAUAAAUUGCACAGAAUCUUAAAAUAGAACAUGGUAAUGCACCUGCAGCAACCAGCUUCUGAAAAGGCCCACUGAAACAAAAUUCUUCUGCUUGCCUGCUCAAAAGCAGAUAAGGAAUGGAACCAGUCUAAGUUGCUAAAAAGCCUGUUCUGUAUCUGAGGUGCCAGCACAGCUAAGAACAUCUGCUUUGGGUAUUCACUUCUAUUCAGCUGCUAGUCAUCUGAACACAUACAGAUUCUCCCUCCUGGGUCUGUUUUGUGAGCACAUCUAACUUUCUCUGAAGCACAAGUAAGGUCCAAGCAAUGUGGUUGACUGGGAUCUCCAACAGAAGCACAAGAACAUGGCGUCAAGUCUUGGCUCCCUGAUAGCCUUGCCCAAGUAGAAAGGUGCUAGGGGUUGUUAUGAGAACUCAUGCCUGGUGACUCAUAAUCCUAGAUGAGAAGCUGCUUGACUCAAGGACUGGCUGUCUCUAACAAGGACAAGCCUAUCAUUCAAAGCCUGUAAGUUGUUCCCUGAAUGGAUGGUAGGAUAGAUCAAGGAUCUAUCGGAGAUGUUUUCUAGGAUUGGAUUGUAACUGGCAAUGGGCAUACAGUACAGGUAGUCCUCAUUUAGUGACCACAAUAGGGAAUCGGGACCAACAACUCAGCCGUUAAGUGAAGCAGUCACUAAGUGAAACCACAGUUUUACAGUCUUACUUCAGCUUCCUUUGCUUUAGAGACCUGCAAAGGUCAUAAACACGAGGAUUGGUUGCAAAGUUACUUUUUCAUCACCAUUGUAACUGCAAACCAUACAAGGCAGUCUCUAAACAAGGAUUACCUGUAUGGAGCAACACAUCAGCAAUGAUUGAUAUAAAUACGUUUCCAAGUGGGGAGAAAAAUGGUACAGCUGUCAUACUUCAUUUUGAAACAGAAAUAGAAAUAAAAUGAUGUAUAUUACUUUGCUUCCUUUUCUAACCCUAAUUAACUUUCCCCCUUUAAAAAAUUACCAUUGCUUUCCUUUGCUAUUUUCCAGGGUAGUUAUCUGAAAUCAUUUUUAAAAAUCCUCUUUUUCACAUCAGAGUUGCUAAUUUAACACUAUACAAGUUUUUAAAAAUAACCAUCUUGGUCGUUUUGACAAAGCUAAAAAUGUUAAUCAAUCAAUAGUAGCUCCAUAAAAAAAUGUCUCUCACACUUUCAUACAACUUGUUUAAACUUUCUGAAAUAUUCCAUUUUCAGGGUUCAGACAAUAUAAUAAAUCAUAAACUAACUGAACAAUCUGUGCUUGCAUCACACAUUAUGUUACAGAAAAACCCAGGUAAGGUUAAAACUGACCAAACUUAGAAUGCUGUAUGAAUUUAACUGCUAGGUUUCUAAUUAGAAUCACAGAAUAUAAAAGUUGGAAAGGACUUCGGAGAUCAUCUAGCCCAACCCUUUGCCCAGUUACAAGUAGUCCUCAUUUAGCGACCACAAUUGGGACCAGCAACUUGGUCGUUAGGCAAAGCAGUUGCUAAAUGAAACUGUGACUUCAAUCUGACUUCAGCUUUCUUUUGCUAUACAGAUCUGUGAAGGUCAUAAAUGUGAGGAUUGGUUGCAAAGUUACUUUUUCAUCACUGUUGUAAUUGCAAAUGAUUGCUAAAUGAGGCAGUCGCUAAACGGGGACUACUUGUACAGGAAUCCAGAACAACCACAUCCCUGAGAGAUGGCUCUGUUAACCCCUCCUUAAACAUCUAGACAGAGUUUGAACAGUAUGUUGUGUGAACACAAGAUAAUCUCAAAUAUGCUUAAUAUGAAUGGAUCCAAUAAGCCUACACUUUAGCUUGGUUAUAUUGGGCAUACAGCUGUAGUGAUGCAGGGAGGACAGAUUUAACUGGAUUAGCUUUGAGGAACACUUUGGGACAAGGUAGGGUCUACAAAAAGAGAAGAUUACAGAUUAAAGAUCAUCAUCUGCUCCCUGACUUCUAUCUUGGUGUCCUCCAGGCUCCCUGAUAAAUAUUUACAUUAAAUAGGAAGCUACAUGCUGCAAAACAAAUGACCAGCUUCCAGAAGUAAUUGAUUUGCAGUCAUGUUUUUGAGCUCACAAUAGCUCUGGAAUGGUGAUCAUUCUGCAGGGCUAAUACACUUUCUGGUUACACUUUCUGGGUGUUCUUGUGAGUGGCCAUGGCCAUCACAGGCAGCCAUAUUGUGCUGUGCUCACCACAUUCUCUCAAAAUUGUCCGAAUACCCCAGGCCCCCAUAGGAUUGCCUACCCUCGAGAUAGCAGAAUCAUUUUUGCUGACAGACAUAGGGCAUACCUCACUGGGAACGCCUUCCUUUGCUAGGGGACCAUUCAUUUUCCUUCUUUCAACAGGGCUGCGCAAGGAAGCGUCCCUCCUCAUGUUGCCCCAAAUUGAAUACUUUCCCAAAUAGAAUGCCUUGGUUUGAAGAAUCCCUGAGAAACUCCCCAGUUCCCCAAAACAAAGUUGGGGACCCCCCCCCCCUUAGAGAAAUGCAUAAAGCACUUUGACCCCAUAGAGUCCAGGAAGGAUUCAAGUAGAUAUCAGUGGUAUUAACGUCUAUCAGGGUGCCAUUUCUUGUCACGUGGCCAUUGCCUCAGUCUGCAUGUUGGGCAGAAGAAAGGUCAUCCACAUGGGCAAAGUGUAUCAGCUGGCCCACAGCAACAACAUGGUGAUGACUGGAUCGUAAGGGCGCUUUCUAGAAAGCCAUAAAUAUUCUUAGUGUAAGUUUAUGGGUUAGUGUUGUGUAUUUGUUGUUAUUGUUGCUAUUCACUGUGAACUAUAGCCAACAUGUCAAAGAGGUUAUAAAUGGCUGCAGAAGACAAGUUGAUAAAUAUGGAAUAAGCACAUUUCCUUUUACCUUGAAGGGGCCAUCCUAUUAUUCAUCUGUGACCAGCAAAAGACACCCAUUCGUUCAUUUGUUGGGAUUAGGUGCCACUUCACCUCCGGUGAAUUGAGCCCCAUACUGUGGCUUUAAUCUUGGAGCAGAAGGCAUAUUUUGGUUGGCACAGCUUUUCUUAACCCUCAGGUCUGUGAAAUAUCCAGCCAAAAUGUCCCUUUCUGGGCAACUGAAAAACUACUUACGGGGUGUAAUGUUCACACAGGGGAAAUACAGUUCACAGAUCUAAAUUUUGUUCAAGAAAUGCAAGGCAAACUUUAGAGCUUGUACAAAACUUAGAAUUUGGGGGAAUCUUGUGGUUUUAUAUCCUGUAUAACUUUCCAAACUGUAAUUGUUUAUCCUGGAACUCUUGUCCCCUUUACCCCAAUAUUGAUUUCCGUGUCCUCUGCCCUCUUUAUUAUGCUGGAGAGAAAGGCGAUGCGUCUCUAAACUUCCCACUAUGAGACCAUAAGGGUCUGUGUCUGCAGUCCAACUUCACCGCAUUGGCUAAAUUCCCACAACAGGUUUAGCCAUAGAAUAGUAAACUUAUUCCGGAGUUUGGUAUGUCAUGAACCCAUGCGCUGUGUUUCACCAAACUUGUGUGACUACAGCAAUGAUCAUGCAGUGUUUUAAAUGUUGGAAACAGGAGUACGGAAACUUAUUCUCCCUCAAGACAUUCUGCUCUCUGGGAGAGUUUUGGCUGCCAUCUUCUCUAAAGUUGUUCUUGUAAAGAUAAAAUUUGGCAAGAGGGAAGGAAAUGAUAAACUGCUUUGAGCUUCUUGGAGAAGCAGCAGACUAUAAAGCUAAUGGUAAAAUAAAGACUCAUGAUUCUUUACAGCUUCGGAUCUCACAAGUCUCUAAUCCUAGCUGGACCUUGCAGAUCUGUCAUCUUCUAUGUGCAGGUCCUCAAGAACAACCUCCCCCGCACCCCGGUUGUUCCUUCCAAGCAAAUCCCCACAGCUGCUUCCACUUGGGGGCCUUCGGGUAUACAUGGCUUUUCUUCUAUCUUCCCCUGAUACACUGAGUAGAAGUUAGCAUGAGUUUAAAUUCCCCUUUAAAAAGACAAGCUUCUCUCUCCCCUGCCUUGAUGUGCUGGACUUCAGUUCUCAUAAUCCAAAGUGAGGCUGAGAAUUAUGAAGGUUGAAGUCCAGUGUCCCCAGCUGAAAGACUCCUGAGAGAGGACAAAAUGACUCUGUUUCUCUUUAGGCUGUGUUUAUUAUGCAUUGUACCAGAGCGUGAUAGGGAAUACAUUUUUUGUAAUUGUUGUUGAAGUUAUUGUGUGUUCGUCAGAAUUUUUUCAUGAAAAUGGAGAAGGGGAGAGAAGAACAGCAAUGUGGGUGAGAUCAGUUUCUUUUGGAGACACAGUUUAUCCUUGUGUUGUUAACACAGCUUAGGAUGCAAAUAAUUUAAAAAAAAGCAACAUGCAGGUACAAUUGAUUGCAUUUGACUGGCUUGGAUCCAGUUAAGGUAUUUGGAAGAAGGAAGAAAAUACUCUGUGGUUAACCGAUCCAUUAAUGGUCCUGUUUUUGUUCACUGUGCUCAAGCCCUCAAAUGUAUACUUUUAAUAUUUGGAUUUUUUCCCUUAAAUGUAGUGUAUGAUGUGAAAGAAAGCCUAUAAAUUGAUGUAAGCCAUAUCUUUUGAAAAUUAGCAAUCAGGGUUAUUUUCAUCAGCUACUAUGUUAACUAUGCUUGGGAGACAAACACUUAAUAAAUAAAACCAGUUCUGUC